AUGGCUUCAUCUGGUGAUCUGCAGCCGGAUGAAGUUGAAGAUGAAUGCGGUCUUGAUUCGGACCUAUACAACUAUGAUAUCGCAUUCACCCACAAGACCAAAGAAGAGCUCAGACAGCUUUUCGGAAAAGUCAAGAAAAUGACGUCUCUCGUAUCCGAUGAGGCGCGAGCGCGGGUCGGUUCCCGGCCACGCAUAUUGCAUAUAUACUUCUCCUACACCUGGUUGACUGGACUUCCCACCGCAGGGACCAUAGCCCUGCGCGAAAUCGACCGCUAG